AUGGGGAGCCCCAUCCGCGACCUCCCUCCCCGUGCCGGAUCUCGCCCCAUGUCCACCAACGCCGGCGUCCGUGACGGCGCGCCCGGGGCGGCGGUGGACGCGGCCUUUGCCAGACGUGCGCUCCAGGCCGAGGCCCUCCUCGGGUACCUCUCUGCGCUGGCCACCAGCCCGCGUGCCGGGGUGGACACAAACGGUAGGGGGGCACUAGACUACGGGGAAUUUCUGGCAGUCUCUCUCCAUCUGCAGAGGAUGGCGAACGACGAGCAUCUCCGGUGGGCCUUCCUGUUCUUCGACAAGGAUGGCAACGGUUUCAUCGAGCCCGAGGAGCUUCGAGAGGCUCUGGUGGACAACGGGGCGGCCGACAGCAUGGAGGAAGUGGUGGACGACAUACUGCAAGAAGUCGACACCGACAAGGACGGCAAGAUCAGCUAUGAGGAAUUUGUGGCGAUGAUGAAGACCGGUACGGACUGGAGAAAGGCGUCCCGGCACUACUCGAGAGGGAGGUUCAACAGCCUCAGCAUGAAGCGCUGGCGUUCACCAGCAUCUGAUGCCUCGCAAGCCCAGCAACUCCAGAAGAUCCUAUCCUGUGGCGCGCUAAUUGACGGCAUGGGGAGCGACUUCAGUUACAAGUAA